GUCAGUCUCGACUCGUCGGCUCGCCUCCUCCCUUCGCCGUCGCCGAUCUCUCUCUCCGCCUCGCCUCCUCCGCCGCGCGCCGCCCGUACGACGGCGCCGCCGCCUCCAUGGCGCAGUACCACCUCAGCGCGCAGCUACGCGGCCACGAGGAUGACGUUCGUGGCAUUUGUAUCUGUGGGGAUGCUGGGAUUGCAACAUCCUCAAGAGACCGGACAGUGAGAUUCUGGACACAGCACCCAGAAAAGAAGCAUGAAUACGUUCUCUCGAAGACUCUUGUUGGACAUUCCAGUUUUGUGGGACCAUUGGCUUGGAUCCCUCCUUCAGACCGCUUUCCUGAAGGAGGACUUGUUUCUGGUGGAAUGGAUACUCUUGUUUUGCUCUGGGAUUUGCAUAAAGGAGAGGUUGUUGAGACUAUGAAGGGUCACACUUCACAAGUUACUGGACUUGCUGUAGACAACAAUGGCGACAUCAUCUCUUCAUCCAUGGAUUGCACUGUAAGACGGUGGAGAAAUGGCAGUGUAGUAGAGGUUUGGGAAGCUCACAAGGUUGCCGUGCAAACUGUUCUGAUGCUGCCAUCUGGAGAACUAUUUACUGGCUCAAGUGAUUCCACAAUUAAGUUUUGGAAAGGAAGGACAUGUCUACAUACAUUCACAGGACAUGCAGAUACUGUUCGAUGUUUAGCACAAAUGCCAGGGCUCGGGAUCCUCUCUGCCUCACAUGAUGGCACUAUUAAGGUGUGGGCAUUAACUGGCCAGCCCCUGUUGGAGAUGAUUGGACACACUUCUCUUGUGUAUUCUGUGGACGCACAUUCAUCUGGGGUAAUUGUUAGUGGCAGUGAAGAUCGAUCUGCCAAGAUAUGGAAAGAUGGGAUCUGUGUUCAAAGCAUUGAACACCCAGGUUGCAUAUGGGGUGCUAAAUUCUUGGAAAACGGAGAUAUUGUAACUGCAUGCUCUGAUGGAAUCGUGAGGAUAUGGACAACUGACAAUAAUAGGUUUUGCAGUGAUGAGGAGCUUGCAGCUUUUACAGAUCUUAUUUCUCAGUACAUACUUAGUAGAAAGACUGUCGGUGGAUUGAAGUUGUCGGAUCUACCAGGAAUUGAGGCACUGCAAGUUCCAGGAAACUCUGAUGGUCAGACACUGAUUGUUAGAGAAGGGGACAAUGGUGUUGCUUAUUCUUGGAAUUCAAAAGAGCUAAAAUGGGACAAAAUUGGUGAAGUAGUGGAUGGACCUGGGGAUGCUGCAGCUGCACCAGGCCAGUUUCAUGAUGGUGUUCGUUAUGAUUUUGUUUUUAAUGUUGACAUUGGAGAUGGAGAGCCUAUGCGAAAGCUACCCUAUAAUCGAUCAGAUGAUCCGUAUGCAGUUGCGGACAAAUGGCUCCUGAAGGAGAAUCUCCCUUUGACAUAUCGCCAACAAGUGGUAGAAUUUAUACUACAGAAUUCUGGCCAGAAUAAUUUUGUUCCAGAUCCAUCUUUUCGGGACCCCUACACUGGAGCUAAUGCAUAUGUACCUGGGCAAUCAGCGUCUUCAACUGUUAGUGCUCCUAAACCAACUUUCAAGCACAUACCAAAGAAUGGAAUGCUGACAUUUGAGACGGCUCAGUUUGAGGGAAUUCUUAAGAAACUCUCUGAAUUCAAUGCAACACUUUCAUCUAAUUUGGAACAGAAGGAACUAUCUUUGUCUGAGAUCGAGUUGUCCAGAUUAGCUGCCAUAGCAAAAGUAUUGAAAGAAACAUCAUUUUAUCAUACAAGUAAGCUUGCAGAUGCUGACAUGACCUUGCUGCUGAAAAUGUUGAAGUCUUGGCCUACACAAAUGAUGUUUCCAGUUAUUGAUUUUCUGAGGAUGUUUGUGUUGCAUCCUGAUGGAGCCACUCUACUUCUCAAGGCUAUUGAAAGUGGAAAUGAUGUACUUGCCGAGACUUUCCAUAAGGUUGUAACGCCACCUGUGCAGCCACCAAAUGUGCUUACAACCCUUAAAGCAGUUACUAACUUAUUUGACAAGCCAUGCUUGCACCAAUGGUUGAGAAUCCAUGGCAUGGAGAUUAUUGAUUCAGUAUCAAGCUGUAAGACAACUUUUAGCAAGAAUGCUCACCUGGCAUAUUCCACACUUCUACUCAAUUAUGCUGUUCUUUCAAUCGAAUCAAAGGAUGAACAAAGUCAGGCACAGAUACUUUCUGCUGCCCUUGAAAUCGCUGAAGACGACACCCAAGUUGCUGAUUCGAAAUACCGGGCCCUUGUUGCAAUCGGCUCUCUCAUGUUGAAUGGCCUUGUGAAGUCCAUUGCUCUUGAUCUUGAUGUUAAGAGUGUUGCGAACACCGCAAGAGCUUCAAAGGACUCGAAGAUCGCUGAAGUUGGAGCCGACAUCGAGCUUCUGACAAGAUGAUAAGAUGGCCGAAGACUCGCAGACGGUUGGUAGUACGUCCCCCCUUGCUGGAGGCGACAUUGUUCAUGAUACUGCUCAUCAGUCACCAUGGAGCCGUCACUCGUGCAGGGAGGCAGUUUAGUGUUUAGCCCGUGCACCUGGUGGCGCCGGUCGUGGGGUAGGGUCAGGUUUGCAACUCGGUUGCUCGUUGCGCCUUCUUGUAACAAACAGCUUGUGUUUUUGAGCUUGAAUCACCCGGCCUGAGCAAAAGGUUUGUUUUUAAGCCGAUGUUUUUACGUGGGUUUAUGAUUAGAUAGCUGCACCUAUACACUUUUAUCCAGAAACGGCAAUCCCAAUUCAAUUCUUUCACAAACCUGGUUUAAACUUU